AUGGAUUUAUUAAAAAAAGAAAGUGAAACGUUUAAUUUAGUAGAUAAUAAAAGUAAAGAUGAUAAUAAAGUUUUGUCAUUAAAUGAUUUGGAUAGUUGGUAUUUUGAUUCAAGUGAUUAUAGAUGUUGUUUUAAUUUGUUUCACGCAAAAAUUGUUACUUUUAUUUAUUGUACAUUAGUUUUACAUGAAAUUGUAUUAGGUGCAAUAUACUUGGCAGGAAGAGAAGAAUUUGUUAAUAAAGAAUGGGAAACAAUAGGAAUUUUUUUGAUACGAUUAUUUCAAUUACCUCCGGUAUUUAUAGCAUAUUAUUCAUUAUGGAAAUGUAAUCCUUAUUUUAUUAUACCUUUUGGUGUUUCUCAAGUAUGUAUUGGGUCAUUCGCUGAUAUAUUUACAAUUCUUAGAAUUAUAAGAGAUCUUGAUGCAAAUAAUAGUUUAUUUUUACCCUUCGAAGGAUGUUAUAAAAUUUUAAACAUAUUAUUACCACUUUUAAUAUAUAUUCUUCUUGCUAUAUCUUUACUUUGGGUAUUAUAUCGUUGUCAUAUAUAUUUUGUUGCAAGAAAAAUGUAUCAAAAAGAGAGAGAUUUAUAUACAAACAAGCAAAUAGCUUUAUCAAAUAGUAAAACAAAAUCUGACGAAGAAAUAACAAUGAUUGGGGAAUAA